AUGCCGACUCCAAUAGAGCCCUGUUAUGGCCCCAGUUCUGGUGGUACCGAUGACCUCAGCGCGCUUCUGGCGCUUGCGCGAGCUUUAGAAAGCAGCCAGAACCAGAACCAACAGCAAGAAAAACAGCCACCUCAGCCACCACCUUGUACCUGCCCUAAAAGUGAUGUUAAUACUAUAGAAAUUAUUGAUAAAUUGAUUAACGCUUUAGUUUUUACUACUACCCAUUCAGGCGGGGGUGGGGGCGGGGGCAGCGGCGCAGGAGGAAGUGGUGGAGGUUUCACUUCAACUACUACUACUGGUAGUUAUUCGUCUUCUUCAAAUAGCGAGGGCGUCGUUCCCGGUCUACUUGGAGGUUUGGUUGGAAGCAAUGGCCAAAGUGGCUCAUCAUCUAAUAAUAAUGACGGAGUCGUGGUCGCAUUGCUUCGGGGCCUGCUUGGUGCGGGGGGUGGGGGGAAUGAUGGCGUAGUCACCAAUUUACUUAGCGGAUUACUUGGUAGUAGUACUGGUGGUAAUGAAGGAGUAGUACCUAAUUUAUUAGGAGGGUUAGUAGGACCUGCUUCCGGAGGAAAUGAGGGGGUAGUUCCGGGAUUAUUAGGAGGAUUACUAGGAGGAGGCUCUUCAGGCGGAAGUAGCGGGGCAGCUGGAGGGAAUAAUGGGGCAGCUGGAGGGAAUAAUGGGGCAGCCGGGGGAAAUAACGGGGCAUCUGGUGGCUCAUCUAACGGAAACAGUGGUUUAUUGGGUGGGCUGCUCGGAGGUGGAAAUUCACCAGUCGGAGGUUUACUUGGAGGUGGCAGCAGUUCAGCGGAAGCCGCCAGUGGUGCCUCAAGUACCGCCAAUAGUGGCGGUUCUGGGAGUGGUGGUGGUGGUGGGUUGCUUAAUUCUGUUUUAUAG